AUGACCCCCGCAAAGGUUACUCGUGUGGCCCUAGUUGGGUUAACAGCUAAAGCUGAAGGUUUUACCUGGCUUAAUGCAGUUCAUCUACCAUACAUACGUGCUCAUCCAGACAAGUUCGAGAUUGUUGCUGUGCAAGGCUCCUCUAUUCAGGCAGCUGAAGCCGCAGUAGCAAAGUUUAAUCUCCCGUUGUCUGUUAGGGCGUACGGUAGUCCUCAGUCCUUGGCGCAGGAUGGCGAUAUCGAUCUUGUGGUUUAUGCUCUCCCAGCACCUGCACACUACGCAACUUUGAAGCCAUUAUUGGAGAGCGAAAGGAAAAGCUUUAUUAUUGAGUGGCCAGUAGCACAAAAUCCGCAACAAUCGUAUGAAUUGUUGGAUUGUGCAAGCGAGGUUGGAUCGAGGGUCUGUUUUGGCCUCCAAGGCGCAUUCUCCAAGAUAAAUAUCCGUCUAGCCGAGAUCAUACGCGAAGGAAUUAUAGGGGAUAUUCGCAGCAGCAUCCUUGUUGGCAUGAUUCCUCCCUAUUUUCCAAGGGAAGACGUGUUGGAGCGGGAUGGUGGGAGUACUAUGCUAGAUAUCUACCUUCCACAGUUCCUGUCAUCUUUCUUGCAAAUAUUUGGGCCUAUUAAAAGCCUAAACUGUUCAACCUCGAUUCAGCAGACACAUGGAGUGGUAUCUAGUAUCGGCACAAAAGAAGUGAGGGAUCCGGCUUUCCCACGUACAGCCCCAGACCAAGCUUUUAUCCACGCACGCUUGUCUUCUGGUGCCGUCGCUACAUGGAAUCUGCGUUUUGGAGCAAGCAUCUCGGGUGGAUUAACGUGGGUAAUUUCAGGAUCGAAUGGCGAGAUUGAAAUC